AUGCGGCCCGCCAUCUUUAGCCCUCGCAACAGUCCCGUCCUCACACACGUCAGUGAGGAGCCACCGUCUCCAUGCUCCCAUGGUCCCCAAAGUUCACGUUCAUACCUGGAUCAGCAGGAAAACACGACACUUGGCCCAGGGCCUUACAAGCUGAGAGAUGCCGGCUCUAGAGUCUGGUCAGACCUCCGUGGUGUUAUCAAGGCCACACCGAGACCCAACCAGAAUGUCUCCGAGGUUAUCAGCAUCGUCAAUAGUCCAAGUUCGGCACUGGGACCAAGUUCUAUAUCUGUUGAUGUGUCGGCGAACGAUGAAGGCAACGAGAACGCUCAAGAGACGUACAUGCCAAAGUCCAGCAUGACGUGGGACCUCGUACGCAAACUGAAACGAAUCAGCCUGGUGCCGAAUCCUACAGUCGUCCUUCGCGACCUUCCAGGGGAGCGUCGGAGUUCAGUCCACAGCCCAGUUCACGUUCACUCGGUGCCCUCGAGCGAGGCCAGCAGCCCGCCUCAACCGGACCAAAGACGGUCAAGAAACAAUGCCUCGGGGAACAGCUUCUUUGACUCCCGCAUAUCCAUUGUUGCCACAGACCUGCUUUCCAGGCGACCCAGCCAGCAAAUUUACCAUCCUUGGACGAAAUCGAAUCCCGAGCUCUUCUGGCGUAGGCAUGAGAGGUCGCCCUUCGGUCAAUUACAUCCAACUGUUGCCACCGUUGAAAAGACAGCUGCAGCCAAGAUAUUCCUCGAGACCUACUUCAACGAGAAGCUCCACAAGAAGAGCCCUCGAGCCAUUCGGAACCAGUACUUGGAGACACAACUGAUUCCGGCUCCAGGCUCAUGUGCUAUGCAUACGGAUCCUUAUACCGAGCACUACGAACCCAUCAAAGUGCUGGGCAAAGGAAGUUUUGGUGUAGUCAGAUUGGUGCAAGAGAAACUCCAAGAAGGGGAGCCUGUCCGCCCAAGACAGGUGUUUGCGAUGAAAGUCAUCCGUAAAUCAAGCAUGCUCCGUAGCAACCAGGAAGGUCACCUCCGAGCCGAACGGGACUUUCUCGUGCAAUCUGAGGGUGCAAAAUGGAUUAUUGCUCUCGUUUGCAGCUUCCAGGAUCUGUCUAAUCUCUACCUAGUCAUGGAGUAUAUGCCUGGAGGUGACUUUCUCAGCCUGCUCAUACGGGAAAGCAUCCUCCCGGAAGCUGCUGCUCGCUUCUACGCCGCAGAGAUGAUUCUUGCGGUUGAGGAAACUCACCGGCUGCGAUUUAUCCACAGAGACAUCAAGCCCGACAACUUCCUCAUAUCGCAUUCUGGCCACCUCAAGAUAUCCGACUUUGGCCUUGCCUUCGACGGCCACUGGUCGCACGACACCUCGUACUACAACUAUCACCGCAACUCUCUGCUUACUCGUUUCGGCCUCGCCGUCGACGGUGACCAUACCGACAGGAAGGAGAGCCGCCAAAUACAGAAACAGAUUGAGAAGACGCAGAACUUGAUGGCGCUGUUUGAGCGCUACGAGAUACGAGCGGAUUCAACCGAUGGAAGCCUCGAGGAGCUCAUCAACUGGAGGAACAAACACAGCAAUCGAUCAUCGGCCCAUUCCAUGGUAGGAACAAGUCAGUACAUGGCUCCCGAGGUUGUCGGGGGUAAGAAAUACGACGGGAGAUGUGAUUGGUGGAGCAUCGGUAUCAUUCUGUUUGAGUGCCUCUAUGGACAUACUCCCUUUCUCUCUGAGAAGGGUCGCCAGGAGACAAAGCAGAACAUUGCGGCUAUUCAGGACCACGAGAGUAACUUCUGCUUCCCAUUGCAGCCCUAUGACAGCCGCCUCUGUUCCCGACGGUACCGGACAAAGGAACACAAUCGAUUCGAUAGAAAGAAGCAUACUGAUUCCAUGGGAAAUCACGUCUUCCCAGAUGACGCGGAAGACAUCAAGUCACAUCGAUGGUUCAAGAAUAUUCCAUGGGAUCGACUCGACACACUCACGCCACCUUUUGUCCCCGAAGUCUGUAGGCCCGAUGACACGCGAUACUUUGACGAAUCUGGGACGGUUGAUGAUAUGUCUGGCUCGGAAGACGACGAUGUGACUCCCUCACGAGAAUAUGCCAGGGAUAUGUUGAAGGAGUUCUCGUUGGAUUUCCAGAACCUCGCCAUGAAUCUCGUGGCCAAGCCGUAUGACACGGCCAGGCUGCGCAGCAUCGAUCAUCAGAUUGAUAUCUCGCCAAAGGUCUCGCCGUCGCAACGGGAUGUCCUCAAGAAGUUUGUUCGAAUGUGCGGGGCCAAGGAACCCAAGAGAGCCAGGGACAAGAUUCUCCGAGAUGAGAAGGUCAGAGACAUAGCCAUGGAUAUGAGGAAGAAGACGGCCUUUAUGGGAUACACGUGGAAGCGAGUGAGGCCAGACAGUUUCACGGCGUGGGCUUGA